AUGUGUAUAUUAAGGUUCUUUUCAUCGGAAGCCUUUAGUGCUCAUAAAACUAAGGAGAUCCUUGAGAAGUUGCAACAAGUUGAUGCAGACAUCACACAGUUGUCUACAGAACUCUGUUACCAUGUGGAACUGCGUGAAGGCUGUGACUAUCUUAACAUUAAUCAGAUUAAAGUGUUGAAGUGGCUGCUCAGCUCCCCGCUACAACCUCAGGCUUUGAGAAAUGAAACUGUGUACAAAAAUGUUCAAGGCAACCAAAUUGUCAUUGAGAUUGGACCAAGGUUCAAUUUCUCAACAGCUGAUUCAAGUAACUCUGUACAAAUAUGUGAAAGUGUUGGUUUGCGUGAUGUCAUUCGAUUGGAAGUUUCAACUAGAUACAUGAUUUCUUUUGGAAAGGCCAAAUCUCUGUCUGAGAAGUUACAUGAGGCCUUGGCAGCUCCUCUGCAUGACAGGAUGACACAAUGUAUUUACACAAAAGACAAUCUCCCAAGAACUAGCUUCAAUGAAGGAUUACCAAAAGACUUAGAACCUUGGUUUGUGGUUCCACUCCAGAAAGAAGGAAGAUCAGCUAUGGAAAAAGUCAAUCAGAAGUUAGGAUUGGCAUUUGAUUCUUGGGACAUGGACUUCUAUAUGGACAUGUUUGUUAACAAGUUGAAGCGUGAUCCAACAAGUGUUGAGUUAUUUGACCUUGCUCAGAGUAAUAGUGAACAUUCUCGUCAUUGGUUUUUCAAGGGAAAGUUAUUAUUAGAUGGUCAUGAAAUCAAUGAGUCUCUUAUAGACAUGGUGGCUUCAACCCAGAAAACAUCAAAUAACAAUAAUGUUAUUAAGUUUGGAGAUAAUAGCAGUGCCAUCAAAGGUUUCAAGCACUCAAAACUAAGACCAACAAAUGUGAGGAAUCCAUCCCAAGUUGUGAAGGAGGAGACAGAGUCUGACAUUAUAUUUACCGCUGAGACUCAUAACAUGCCAACAGCUGUGGCACCAUUUAGUGGAGCCACUACUGGCACUGGUGGACGUAUCAGGGAUGUACAGGGCGUGGGGCGUGGAGGUCACACUGUAGCCGGCACUGCGGGAUACAGUGUCGGCAACCUGCAUGUACCUGGCUAUGACCUACCUUGGGAAGAGAAAGGUUGGGAGUACCCUAACAACUUUGCAAGUCCUCUGCAGAUAAUCAUUGAUGCUAGUAAUGGUGCAUCUGACUACGGAAACAAGUUUGGAGAGCCAUUGAUUUCAGGAUUUGUUCAAUCAUACGGUUUGAAGAAUGGAGAUAAUGUGAGGGAAGAAUUUGUGAAGCCGAUUAUGUUCAGUGGUGGUAUUGGAUACAUGCCACACAAUAUGAUCAAAAAGAAUAAGCCAGGAAAAGGUAUGAUGUUGGUAAAGGUCGGAGGUCCAGUUUACCGCAUUGGUGUUGGCGGUGGUGCUGCAUCUUCUGUCGCUGUCCAGGGUGGAGACUCACGUGAUCACGCUCUCGACUUCGGAGCAGUGCAGAGAGGUGACGCCGAAAUGGGAAAUCGUCUCAACAGAGUAGUCCGUGGAUGCUUAGAGGCUGAAAUAAACCCUGUUGAGUCUAUUCAUGACCAGGGAGCCGGUGGUAAUGGCAAUGUGCUCAAAGAAUUGGUAGAACCAGAAGGUGCAGUGGUGUACACAAAAGAGUUCCAGUUGGGAGAUCCUACCAUUACUACACUAGAGCUAUGGGGCGCUGAGUAUCAAGAAAACGAUGCUUUACUUUGUUCGAAAGAAAACAGAGAGGUGCUUGAAGAUAUCUGCCGCCGUGAAAGAUGUCCGGUAUCGUUUGUAGGAGAAGUCACGGGAGAUGGUUAUAUGAGUCUUGUAGAGGAUUCAUACACUGACAAAUACUUGGAUAGGAAUGAAAGACUGAAACCUGACAUCAAGUCAAAGAUGCCAUAUGACCUGCACUUAGAAGCUGUUUUAGGUAACAUGCCACGGAAGACCUUUGAUUUGGUGACUGAGAAGAGAACAAAGCUACCACUGACACUGCCAGAAAAUGUAACUGUCCAUGAUGCUCUGAACAGGGUACUGAGACUUGUCAACGUUGCCAGCAAGAGAUAUUUGACCAAUAAGGUCGAUCGUUGCGUCACUGGACUGAUAGCUCAACAACAAUGCGUUGGUCCACUACACACUCCCCUGGCUGACUGUGCGAUUAUCGCCCUGUCUUACUAUGACCUCGUUGGAUCUGCCACUUCUAUUGGUACACAGAAUAUCAAAGGACUUUUGGAUCCUGCCGCUGGUGCUCGCAUGUCCCUUGGUGAAGCUCUUACUAAUUUGGUGUUUGCGGGUAUAAGUGAGUUGGAAGAUGUGAAGUGCUCGGGCAACUGGAUGUGGGCGGGUAAGACAGGCGCGGAGGGUGGCGCCCUCGUGCGGGCGUGUCGCGCGGUCUGCGACGCCAUGGCCAGUGUCGGGGUUGCAGUCGACGGGGGAAAGGAUUCCCUCUCUAUGUGCGCACAAGUAGCUGGAGAAAAAGUGAAAUCACCCGGUACCCUAGUAGUGUCAACCUACGCGCCGUGCCCAGAUAUUACUGUCAAGAUCGAGCCUGCGCUGUUGGAAGAAGGUUCAGCACUUAUCUAUGUGCCAGUCAACCCUGGAAAAUACAGACUCGGUGGAUCGGCGCUGGCGCAAUGUUACAAACAACUAGGUGACAACCCACCGGACCUUGAUGAGCCUACUGUACUCAAAUCUAUGUUCAAAGUAACACAGCGCUUAUUGAAAGAGGGCAAGUUGUUAUCUGGCCACGAUGUCAGUGAAGGAGGUUUUAUUACUACAGCUAUAGAAAUGGGCAUUGGUGGCAUUCGCGGCUUGAACUUGGAUGUCCAAGUGCCGUCCAAUGUAUCAGAAAUUGCAGCACUCUUCAAUGAAGAGUUAGGAAUUAUUUUGGAAGUUAGAAGUGCAAACGUAGCUUAUGUGCUCAAUGAAUAUAAGAAAAAUUAUGUGUUCGCUAAACAAGUCGGUACUACUGGAAAAUACGGAAUGAAUUCUGAGGUCUCUAUCAAGGUGAAUGGUAAACAAGUCCUUGGAACAAAGUUGAUAGAUGUGUACAGGAUGUGGGAAGAAACCAGUUAUCAACUAGAAUGUUUGCAAGCAAACACUGAGUGUGUCCGACAGGAAUGGCAAGGCCUUGAGAAAAGGAAGGGUGUGACAUACAACGUUACAUUCGAUCCUUCUGCAGCUGUUGUGAAGACCAAGUCUGUUAGAGUAGCUGUGUUGCGUGAAGAAGGAACAAAUGGUGACAGGGAGAUGAUAGCAUCCCUAAUGAUGGCGAACUUCGAUGUUUUCGACGUCACAAUGAGUGACCUUCAGAACAAGAAGAUCACUCUGGACGCAUUCCAAGGCUUGGUGUUCCCUGGUGGUUUCAGUUAUGCAGACACAUUGGGCUCCGCAAAGGGAUGGGCAGCAGGUAUUCUGUUCUCAGAGUCCCUGAGCUCACAGUUCUCUCACUUCAAGAAGAGAAACGAUACAUUCUCCCUGGGAGUGUGCAAUGGAUGCCAGCUAAUGGCACUGCUCGGCUGGAUAGACCCGGAGUCCACAGAAAAGAGUGCUAGCAAAACACAAGUUUUCCUUGACCACAACACUUCAGAAAGAUUCGAAUGUCGCUGGAGUGCAGUCAAGAUUACUGAAGAUAAAUCUGACGUCUGGUUCCGUGGAAUGGGCGGCAGUGUGCUAGGAGUGUGGGUGGCUCACGGCGAGGGUCGGUUCACUGUUUCCGAACCACGUCUGCUAGAAAAACUACAGGACAACGGACAAGUCGCCAUGCAAUAUGUAGAUGAUAACGGCGAGCCUACUGAAGUAUACCCAAUGAAUCCUAAUGGCAGCCCAGUGGGUAUUGCUGGAGUGAGGUCUCGCGACGGUCGCCACGUGGCAAUGAUGCCGCACCCCGAGCGCUGCGUGCUGCGCUGGCAGUGCAGCGUGUCGGCGGCGGCGCCGGCCGGGGCCGCCAACCCGACGAGCCAAGCUUCCCCCUGGUCACGACUCUUCCAAAACGCCUAUUCAUGGGCAUCACACCAAUAG